GCCCGCCUCCAUUCUUUUACCAGCGCGCCGUGGUGAAAUGCACGGGCGGUUCUUCGCCUGGUGGUUGGCGGGCGCUGCUCCUCCACCCUGCCUUUGACUGCCUGCCUGCCUGCCCGCCCCGCCCGCCCGUCGCCCUCACCAAUCCCUUCGCUUUGCUGCUGCUGCGGCGGCGGCGUAUGCCAUUGACCCACCGGCAGCCGCCAUCGCCAACGCACGCGCGCCGCUCCCCUUACCCUUCCCUGGUUGGCUGGUUGAGUAGCUAUUGGCACCCACCCACACCCCCGGCCACCCGCUUCGUAGCAUACUCCUAUCUGGUGACCACCGCGCGCGGGCAGAUCCCGCUCCACCGGUCCUUCGCUUCCACCCGCUUCGCUGGCGCGGGGCCACCGCGGGCUCCCGGCGGCGGCGGAAGCGGCGAGGAACAGAAGCAGCAGCAGCUAGCGAGCUGUGUCGGCAGGCCUGGCCUCCGGGAUGAGGGGGGAUGCCAACGGCGGGGAGGACCGCCGGCCGCGGGGCGAGGACCCGGAGCACGAGGACGAGGAGGAGGGGCGGCAGGGGGGCGAGGGGGCGCCGCCUCAGAGGCAGCUCCAGACGCAGAGGCCCGCCGCGCGGCCGCCCUCCGGCCCGCAGCCGCCGCCGGCGAUGACGAGGAACGUCGGGUACGUCGGCAAGCACCGCCUCUCCGCCGCCAUCGCCCGCCUCGACCAGGAGCUCCAGUCCCUCCAGGAGGAACUGAAUGAGCUUGAAACCAUGGAACCUGCAUCCACUGCAUGCCAGGAUGUGAUCACAAGUACAGAAGGGAAACCUGACCCGCUUCUUCCUAUCACCAGUGGUCCGGAGAACUCUUCUUGGGACAGAUGGUUUCAGCGGGUUCGCAGCUCCCGCAGCAACAAAUGGUGGGCAUCAAGAGGCUCUGACUUCUCCUAGCUUCUGCAAAGCUGAAAGCAUCCACAUCAGUUGUGUGCAGAUUAAGAUUAAACCAGUUGAAGUGUAUCAUCCAUUGAGUGUCUUGGCAAACAGAAUUACAAGGCAGCGUUCCAUUGCAGCGUGACUCUCAGAGCACCUGAUAGUUUUUGGAGAAAAUUGUUAUGUAUGUAGUAAUCCGGUAAUCCCUAACGAGACUGAACAUUGAUGUGUCCACAUCAGACCUGAUUGUUGUUCGCAAGAGAGUCUGAAGAUCAUUUUCCCACAGGUUCUGACUCGCUCUGUCAGAUUCUGAUGGUCAUGUAA